CAGAUGGCCCGCAGCAAGGAAAUCGCCCCGGGCGUAGGUCGCCUCUCCCGCUCCCAGGUCUUCGCCAAGCGAGGCCUCUUCAAGGGCGUCAAAAAGUCCGAAACCAAGCCUGCAGCGGAGACCCCCGCGUACAAGGAGGUUCCGGUGAAGGGCGAGAAGAACGGCGGUACACGGCUUGUCCCCACAUCGAAGGCGUCCCGUUUCUACCCCUCAGACGACGUCCGACAGCCCAAGAAGAGCCGCAAGGUUGCGAAGCCGACGAAGCUGCGGUCAUCCAUCACUCCUGGCACUGUCCUCAUCCUCCUCGCGGGUCGUUUCAGGGGGAAGCGUGUGGUCUUCUUGAAGCAGCUCGACAGCGGCCUGCUCCUGGUUACCGGUCCAUACAAGGUUAACGGCGUCCCUCUCCGUAGGGUCGCUCAAGCCUACGUUAUUGCCACUUCUACGAAGGUGGAUCUCGGCGACUACAAGGUUGACGAGAAGAUCAACGACGCUUACUUUGCCAAGCCAUCGUCCAAGGCAAAGACAUCCGCGGAGGAGGAAUUCUUCUCUGAGGGCAAGCCCAAGGAGAAGGAGGCGUUCCCCGAGUCGAAGGCGGCGGACCAGAAGGAGGUUGACAAGGCCGUCAUCGCCGCCGUUGCCAAGACGGAGAACCUCGCCAAAUACCUCAAAUCGACGUUCGGACUUUCCAAGGGACAGUUCCCCCACGAACUGGUCUUCUAGUCGGUCGUUAGUGAGGGACGGGGUAGUCGGCCAUCUUCACGAUAUGCUGUUCCAUGAUCGAUCUAUGCAUCACAAAAUGCACGUUUAUAUGGCAAUUUUUGUACUAUUUUCUCCUGAGGAUCUGCCUGCGUCAAGAUGGACAAGACACUUAACUCG